AUGAACUCAAAUAUCCUUCCCAUUGUGGCAGCAUUCUCCCUUCAAGUUGGCUUAUCCGUUAUGUCUGUUUUUGCCAAAUAUGCUCUAGAUUGUGGGCUGAGUCCAAGGAUUUUCGUGGCUGAGCGACUAGCCAUAGCAUCUGCCAUUCUAACACCCCUUGCCCUAAUAUUUGAGAGGAAUACACGACCUCCUAUGACGGCCAAAGUCUUUGCUCAGAUUGCUCUCAUGAGCUUAUUUGAGUAA